CACCAUAUCCUUCCCUUUCCUACUUGAGUUCAUUCCUCUUUGCUUCUUACGAAAAUGGGUGUCGUCACUUACUCUCAAGAGUUCACAUCUGCCGUCGCUCCAUCGAGAAUGUUCAAGGCUUUGGUCCUUGACUCGCACAUCAUCAUUCCCAAGAUUGUCCCCGGGGGCAUCAAGAGUGUCGAGUUCAUUGAGGGAGACGGGGGUGUUGGCAGUAUUAAGCAAACUAACUUUGGCGAAAGUGCUCACAUCAAGUACACCAAGCACAAGAUUGACGCUCUUGAUGUUGAGAACUUUUACUGCAAAUAUACUUUGAUUGAAAGUGAUAUCAAGUUCGACAAAAUUGACUCCAUUGUCUAUGAGGUGAAGUUCACAUCCGCUAAUGGUGGAUGCGUCUGCAAGAUGACUAGCGACUAUCAUGUCAAGGAAGGUGCAGAGCUCAAGGAAGAUGACAUCAAGCAGGGCAAAGACAGGGCUAUGGGAUUGUUCAAGAUAGUUGAAGAGUACCUCUUGGCGAACCCCGACGUUUGUGCUUAAAUUGUCUUUUCAAAAUCUUUCCUUUGGUGUGAUAAUUAUUGGAAUGUGAGUGGAUUUCUUUUGUGUGCUUCUUUUUGGCUCUAGCUUGGAGCUUUUAUGUGCGGAAUGGCUUUUCUAGUGUCUUUCUAUGUUCCGAAGAAUUUGUUGGUUAAGUAUAACGUCAUGUCAGAAUAAAACUUGAAAGAGCAAUGAGCAAUUCAAUGA